GGAGCCAGCUUAGUCACUUCCGGGCCGUUAUGUAAACAGUGAAGAUGGCAGCGUCCUGUGUGCGCCGCGCUGUCCUCAGACUCAGCAGGUUCAGGGGUCCAGGACAGGGACCACCGAGACCACCACACAGACCGCAGCCUGUGACAUCACAGAGACACUCGGCAUGCUGUGUAACAGCCAGCAGACAUGAGUCCACCUCCCACAACAACCAGAAAAGAGGAGCAGCAGGAGGUGUACUGUUGGCUGCUGUCGCUUUCUCUCUGUUCGGUAGUUCAGAAGAAGACCAACGAGAUGAAGCUCAGAGGAAAGAGGAUGAGAUGAUCCUGCUGCUGAAGAAGGCCAAGCUCAGUAUCCAUCGGGAACAGAUGCAGGCCGCCUCUGGUUUCCUCCACCAGGCCAUUGUUCUGGCUCAUCAGACACACAACAACCAGGCCAUCAUCUACACCUACAGCCUGAUGGCGAACUUGGCGUACGUUCAGGGUCAGCUGGACAACGCGGAAAAAUUGUUCAAGGCGUCGCUGAGCGUCAUGCUGUCAGGAGGCACGCCACAGGAUGACAAUGCUGUCAUUGAGAUGUCUCUGAAACUUGCCACCAUCUACGCCGAACAGAACAAGGCGGAGCUUGCGGAGCAUGGGUUCAGGUUCUGUACGGAGUCUUUGGAGGCCAAACUACAGGAAGCAGUUCCAGAGGAGCCGACAGAGGAGCAAGAGGCUCUGAGGAAGGAGACCCGCCUCCUGCUCGGUCUGUGUUUGGACUCUCGUGCUCGUUACCGAGCGUCAACGCUGCACCUGAAGCAGGCGGGACAGGACUACCAGAACGCCCUGAACAUCUGCCGACAGGAGCAGGGCGACGCCCACCCACAGACUCUGGUCCUGAUGAGCGACCUGGCCACCAUCCUGGACCUGCAGGGUCGCCAUGACGAGGCUCUGGUUCUGGUCCAGCAAGCGGUUGAUCUGAGCCGCGACGCCGGACACCCGGACCAGCACGUGCUGCUGGGGAACCUGGCUGGCAUCCUGCUGCACACAGGCCGGCUGGACGACUCAGUGCGGGUCUAUCAGGAGGCCCUGAGUCUGGCUCGGCAGGCAGGAGACCAGGAGGCCGUGGACCAGAUCCAGGAGGGCCUGAAGGAGGUGAAGAGGAGGAGCCAGGACAGGAAGCAGGAGGACAGGACAGGUCCAGCUGAGGACAACGAGUCCGUCUGAAGAGACACGUGUCCAAAACAUCGCAACCAAUCAGAGCGCA